AUGGAUCGAGCUAAUAAUCCCGUUGAAACGCCUGAAGGACAAAUUAGCGAAGACACCAUCGUGAUUGGAGUUGGGAGGUUCCAGGGAAUGGUAAUUUUCUGCGCCGUACUCGCAGCCAUUUCUUACUUCUGCCAUGCUACUAGCUUUGAGCUGACCGCUCGUGUUAUGGACCACUGGUGUCGACCUCCUGACAACAUCACCAUGAGCAGCAGUCAGUGGAAAAAUGUCGCUAUCCCAGUCACGGAGGACGGACGCCACAGCCAGUGCCGCAUGUACAGCUUGCCGCUGAAGCCUGAAAAUACCACGAUGCCCACACUCAUUCCGUGUACCGAGUGGGAAUUCGACCUGGAAGAGUACGGCAAUACCAUCAUAAGUGAAUGGAGCCUCGUCUGCACCCGCUCCUGGUUGGUUCCGCUGGCUUCGCUGACAUUCGACUGUGGCGCAGCAUUAGGCGGUGUGAUUUCCGGAGUAGUCGCCGACCAUAUCGGCCGUAGACCCGUUGCAUGCUUUUGCGUUGUCGUUAAUUUAUUUGCUGGCUUCGCCAGUGGGCAAACCAAUUUGUUUGCUGUUUUUCUGACAGUUCGAUUUAUUUUGGCGGGAAGUUCAGAGGGCCUCGGAAAGGUUAUAGCUGUCGUACUUUACGAAGUGACCCCACAUCACAAGUGGCCGGUGUACUGUUUCAGCAGCGUUGGUGUUGCAGUGGUAAUCGUGCCCGUAUUCUUUCUCCUCCUUUCAGUGUUACAACUCAGCUGGGUGGAAGUUCACCUAGCUAUAAUGGUACCCACGGCGUUUCUUGUUUGUGUAUUCUAUAUGAUCCUCGAGACGCCGCGCUGGCUACUGGUCACCGGAAAGCUUCAAGAAGCCUGGAAAGUGACACUCCUCGCCGCGAGCACCAACAGAGCUUCGUCUGAGGCUGCAAUCAACUCUCUCAGAAGAGCGGGAAACGAUUUAAAGUUUGCAACCAGCGAAAACGAGGCUUUGCAUCCUCUCACCAUCCAGCGACUGCUGCUUGAACCGAAAACCAGGACACGUUCUGCCAUCGUUUGCUUUGCUUGGCUCGCGGUAGACUUUACAUUCUCCGUAUAUAUCUUCAUGUACCCCUUCGCGAUUCAUGAGUCGUUCGCCAUUGCGUCUGUCGUCCUUGUGCCCAUCUGUUUCACCAUUAUUUUAUUUUCCUUCAAUCGAUUUGACAAGGAGAGCGUACUAGUGAUAGUUCUCUCACUACUCAGCGUUGGAACGUCACUGCUAAUCGUGACUUACGAAGAGCCGCCGCAAUUAAUAACGAGUGCUUUGCUGGUUUUUGUCCAACUGCUCUCCAUAGUGGCCUUCUUUGUUCUAUUCGCAUUGACGGUGGAGCUGUUUCCGACAGCGCUUCGAUGCACAGGCUUUUGCACCUCAGCUGCGUUCGGGAACGUGUCGACAAUGGCUGCUACGCUGCUAACCAAGUUUGAAACGAAGCUACGCAAAGACUUGCUGCUCGCCCUCAUCGCUGCAUUCGCGGCUUGCGGCGCACUUGCCUUGUGGAGUCUCACUGGCACAGCCUCUCCAACGGCGCACUUCGGUCGUCCUCAGCCAAAAAUGAAAGGAGACAGCCAGCGGCAACUUCAGGGGUCUCCGAGACCGUUUCCACCAGAGAGGUCAACCAUGAAGGUGAUGGAUACAGCACAGAUGCCCGUGUCUCAGGCGCCGCCCUUAGAGCCCUCUGGCAUACAUGUUGUUCCUGGACGACUCAUUCAAAGUUUUCAAUCCUCUCAACCCUUGGGACCAGGGACUGGCGGAGCAUUAAAAACUCAGACAGCCAAAAAUGAGGGCCCGGCUUCGCAUCAUUCAGGCAAGCCACAUAAUAGGCUGAAUGUAACACAGAGCCGCAGAUACUGA